AUGUCAGAAGUGAAGAAGUCUGAAAAUUUGAGUAUUGAGUUUGACCCUAUUUUGCCCGAUUCUGGAGUGUUAUUUUAUGAAGAAUGCCCACCAGAGUACGAAAUCGAACGGCCUAGAUUAUUGCCUUUAAAAUCUUCGACACAAAUUCGUUACGAACAGCUACAACACGAAGCUGCAAGAGUCUGGCGAGAAAAGCAGAAAACUGCGAAGAAAAAUUAA